UAAAUAUCUUUUCUAUAGUGUAUCAUAAUAAAAUUAAAUUGUGUUUAAAACAUAUGCAAUAAAGGUACCCAAGUUAAGAAGUGUAUGUCUGUCCACAGGAAAUGGAUCUACUAGUGCCUGCUACUUCUAAUAUAACUGCAAAUGCUUUAACAACUACAAUGAUUAACAUUAUUCAGACUACAUCCAUAACAGGACCCCAUUUCGCACAUCGGAUCAUGAGCUUCAAUAAUGAAACCGUAGCGGAUAAACUGCCACCAGAAAUGCUUCAUCUCGUCGGUGCACAUUGGUAUCAAUUUCCUCCCCUAUAUUUUCUUUGGCACAAGAUUUUAGGCUUGGUUAUGAUUUUUCUUGGAUUAAUUGGUUGGGCUGGCAAUGGAGUUGUAGUAUAUAUUUUCUUGGUAACACCUAAUCUCAAAACACCAAGUAAUUUACUUGUAAUAAACUUAGCAUUCUCGGAUUUUUUAAUGAUGACGAUCAUGUCUCCUCCUAUGGUUAUCAAUUGCUGGUUUGAAACAUGGGCUUUGGGUCCUCUAAUGUGUGAUAUAUAUGCAUUAAUUGGUUCCUUAUGCGGCGGUGCCUCAAUAUGGACAAUGACUGCAAUAGCAUACGAUCGAUAUAAUGUUAUUGUAAAAGGGAUGUCUGGAACCCCAUUAACAAUGACACGAGCAGCUAUUCAAGUUAUUAUUAUUUGGCUUCAUGGAUUACUGUGGGCUAUUUUACCAUUAAUUGGAUGGAAUAGGUAUGUACCCGAAGGCAACAUGACAUCUUGUGGUACUGACUAUGUAUCGGAUGAAUGGCUCGGGAAAUCUUAUAUAUUAGUAUAUUCUGUUUUUGUUUACUAUACGCCGCUUUUUUCUAUCAUAUUCUCUUACUAUCAUAUUGUUUCUGCAGUUGCAGCUCAUGAGAAAGCAAUGCGAGACCAAGCUAAAAAGAUGAACGUAGCUUCCUUACGUUCGGGUGAACAAAGUUCGAUAAGCGCAGAAGCAAAGCUAGCCAAAGUAGCUUUAACAACUAUAUCUCUAUGGUUCCUGGCAUGGACACCAUAUUUAGUAACCAAUUAUAUGGGAAUUUUUAAUAAACAGUACAUCACUCCUCUUUGUACUAUUUGGGCAUCUCUUUUCGCAAAAACAAAUGCUUGCUAUAAUCCAAUAGUUUAUGCAUUCAGUCAUCCAAAAUACAGAGCUGGAUUAAAGGCAAAACUACCUUGUUUAGUUUUUGGAGAUACAGACGAACAAAAACCAGCUAAAAAACAGGCUAAUGAUGCUACGUCAACUCAAACAUCCGAUGGCAAAGCAUAAUUACUCCUCUUGGUUAUCUAUCAUAUAAAGAAGACAAUAUUAUUGUAAAAAAAAUUUACUUCGUAUAUUCUUUAAUUAUAUAAUUUAUUUAUAAAA